AAUGAGAGAGGUGAACCUGAACAACAACAGUGGCAUCUAUGAAUUUGGCAUUGAAUGGGAAGGUGCGUGAUGUUAGGCCAUGUCUGCAACGGUUCUUCUCAUUGCUUCCAAGAUCAGAGCAUGCAGAUGCAGAGCAGCUGCUUUGUCGUUGCUCCAAUCUGAACCAUCUUCACCAAACUCAUGCCUUCAUGCUUACCAGAGCUCUCGACAAAGACCACAUUCUACUCUCCCGAUUUAUACACGCCUCAGCUUCUCUUGGCUUUCCCUCCUUCGCCUAUUCCAUUUUCAUCUACAACCACCCACCCACCAUCUUCCUCUACAACAACCUCAUCUCCACUCUAUCUUCACACAAUCCCACUCUUGCCAUUUCUCUCUUCAAGGCCAUUCGCUUCCACGGCUUGCGACCCGACUCUUACUCUUUCCCUUUUGCUCUCAAGGCCGUUGCUUCUUCACCUUCCCUCCGUCUCGGCCGCCAGAUUCAUUCUCAAGCCAUUCUUUCCGGCUUCGCCACCCAUCCCACUGUCCUCACCUCCCUCAUUCAUAUGUAUUCCUCCUGCGCUAACGUUUCCUCUGCCCGCAAGCUAUUUGAUGAUGCCGCCGCUUUCAAACACGUUUCUCUCUGGAACGCUAUGCUCGCAGGUUAUGCCAAACUGGGUGAUCUAUUCAAUGCCCGCAACCUGUUUGAAUCUAUGCCUGAGAAGUAUAGGGAUGUUGUUUCAUGGACUACUCUUAUUUCGGGAUAUACGCACGCUCACAGUCCUCAGCAGGCUAUCACGCUUUUCCGCACUAUGCUGCUCCACGAUGUGCAGCCGGAUAAAAUUUGCAUUUUGGCUGUGCUCUCUGCGUGUGCUGACUUGGGUGCUCUCCAGUUGGGAAUGUGGAUUCACAACUACAUUUUAAAGCAUAAACUGCCUAAGAUUGUAUCUCUUUAUAACUCUCUCAUAGACAUGUAUGCCAAAUCGGGUGACAUAAGUAAAGCACGCCAACUGUUUGAGAGUAUGGAGCGUAAAACGAUUAUAACCUGGACAACCAUGAUUGCUGGACUUGCUUUACAUGGUCUGGGAAAGGAGGCACUCGAGCUAUUUUCUUGCAUGGAGAAGGCUGGAGUCAGGCCAAAUGAAGUGACCUUUAUCACCGUCCUUUCUGCUUGUAGCCAUGCUGGAUUGGUUGAACUGGGCCGCUAUUAUUUCACGUGUAUGAGAUCCAAAUAUGGAAUUGAACCAAAGAUAGAGCACUACGGGUGCAUGGUUGAUUUGCUUGGCCGUGGUGGCUAUCUUGAAGAAGCAAAGGAGCUAGUUAGGUUGAUGCCGUCUGAAGCCAAUGCAGCUGUAUGGGGAUCCCUUCUUGCUGCUUCGAAUAGAUACGGCGAUACUGCGCUGGCAGCGGAAGCUUUGCGUCAUCUAAGUGUGAUGGAGCCCCAGAAUUGUGGGAAUUAUUCUCUCCUAUCCAAUACUUAUGCUGCGCUUGGGAGGUGGAAGGAAGCUGGUACGGUGAGGAAGGUUAUGCGGGAUACGGGUAUGGAAAAGGUGGCAGGUGUCAGUUUUGUUGAAGUGAACAAUACAGUAUAUGAAUUCAUCGCCGGAGACAGAUUAAACAUCAAAUUUGUUGACAUUUGUCAUGUCCUGCAAAGCAUAAACGGGCAACUCAAGAUUAUUGAUGUGAAAUGGGAACAAUCCAUAGAAGUAUAUUGAUGAAGAGUUUAAAGCCUUGUGAUUUGAUGCUUCUAACUUUGAGUAUAGGUGGAUGGUGAAAUUGUAGUUUGAGUUGUAAUAUUUGUAUUUGAUAUUGUGAGUUAUCUUUUUUGGUUUUGAUCGUGUAUAGGCUGUGUAGAAAAAAUAAUUUUGAAGUCUUUUGUUUAAAUUCAAUUUUAGAGUGAAAUUUUAAUGGAUUAUGUCCCUGCGGAAACAAUAACAAAAUAUCAGGGAACACAAAUUACAUCUUACCCUAAUCGCUAACUUUUCGGACCGAUCACUCCUUGGUUUGGAUGUGCUUUCUCCUAAUGUUGGUGGUUGGCGGUUUGAACCCUUAAGGGGUUACUUG